AUGGCAAUGGUAGUGGCAAGCACACCAGGAGGCAACAGUUCUAGAUCUUCUAGAGAUGUACAUAUAGAUUGGAUAAACUGGGUGGUCAGACGGAGGAUAUUGGGUCCAGUGGAUCAGGGACAUCUGGUCCCAAAGAAGGAGGUUCCCCAGGUUGAGAAGAAUGGCAGCAAAUAUGGAAGAACUGAAUACGGGAAACAAAAUGCUGUCCCACCUCACCAGUAUGAGGAGAUGAAGACAGAUGUCGAGGUUGGAUACAGACAUUUUGACACCGCCAGCUAUUAUGGCUCAGAAGGCACGUUAGGAGGAGCUCUCAAAGAAGCUUUUCAAAGUGGUCAUAUCAAGCGGGAAGAAGUGUUUGUCACCACUAAACUGUGGGAUGACAAACAUGACGAUCCUCUUGCUACUAUCACCAAAAGUCUUAAGAAUUUGCAACUGGAAUACGUAGACUUGUAUCUAUUGCACUGGCAUGUAAGGUUGAGAAAAGGACAUACCCUUCCACCAAAGGAGGAAGACUUUUUGCCUCUGGAUAUCAAAUCUACAUGGCAAGGCAUGGAAAAAUGUUUUGAACUGGGUCUCACGAAAGCCAUUGGUGUGAGCAAUUUUUCCUGUAAAAAAAUUGAAGAUUUGUUGAAACAUGCCAAAAUUCCAACUGCUGCCAAUCAAGUAGAGAUGCACCCAAUGUGGCAGCAGAAAAAGCUAAGAGAGUACUGCAGUAAGAUGAAAAUUCAAGUAUGUGCAUUUUCUCCUCUCGGAGCUCCAAACACUCCAUGGGGAUCCAACAUGGUGAUGGACAGCCCUGUGAUUAAGGAAAUUGCUCAAAAGCAUGGAAAAUCUAUAGCGCAAGUUGUGUUGAGGUGGGAAAUAGAACAAGGAGUCUGUGUGAUCCCCAAGAGCUAUAAUAAAGGGAGGAUAAUAGAAAAUUUUCAGGUUUUUGACUAG